UUGCGCAAGCGCAGCCCAUUCAGUCUGUGUGAAUGCAGAGUGAGGAGAGGACAGGAGCACUGGGAGUACUGGGACUGGGAGCGACACAGUGGACUGGACGGACCGGACGGACCCGGGCAGGCGGACAUGGAUGGACAGAACCGUAGCAGCAGCAUCUGCCCCCGGCCGCGCAGCACCGCGACGGCCGGGAAGAAGAAGAAGGAAAUUCCCGACAGAGUGACUCUGAAGAAGGAGAUCGGGCUGCUGAGCGCCUGCACCAUCAUCAUAGGGAACAUCAUUGGCUCUGGGAUCUUCAUCUCUCCUAAGGGGGUUCUGGAGCACUCGGGCUCAGUGGGUUUGGCAUUAGUGGUUUGGCUGCUGGGAGGCUGUAUUGCUGCUCUGGGCUCCCUCUGCUACGCGGAGCUAGGUGUCACCAUUCCCAAAUCUGGAGGAGACUACUCUUAUGUAACAGAGAUAUUUGGUGGCCUGAUGGGAUUUCUCCUGCUGUGGAGCGCCGUCCUCAUCAUGUACCCAACAACGCUCGCUGUCAUUGCUCUCACCUUUUCCAACUACGUGCUGCAGCCCGUUUUUUCAAACUGCGUUCCCCCAUACAUGGCAACAAGGAUGCUGUCUGCCACAUGUCUCUUGCUUCUGACCUGGGUGAACUGCUCCAGCGUUCGCAUGGCCACCAGAAUCCAGGACAUCUUCACUGUGGGGAAACUGAUGGCUUUGGGCCUCAUCAUUGUAGUUGGUCUGGUCCAGAUCUUUAAUGGGCACUAUGAGGCGUUGACACCUCAGGUGGCCUUUUCACUGGACAGGAUGCCUUCAGUUGGACAGAUUGCUCUGGCCUUCCUGCAGGCGUCGUUUGCCUUCAGCGGCUGGAACUUCCUUAACUAUGUCACGGAGGAGGUGGUUGAACCCAGACGGAAUCUACCCCGUGCCAUCUACAUCUCCAUUCCAUUGGUGACCUUUGUGUACACGCUCACCAACAUCGCCUACUUCUCCUCUAUGUCACCUGAGGAGCUGCUGUCAUCCAAUGCCGUGGCUGUAACAUUCGGUGAGAAGCUGCUUGGAAUGUUCUCUGUAAUCAUGCCGAUCUCUGUGGCUCUGUCUACCUUUGGAGGAAUCAACGGCUACCUGUUCACUUCUUCCAGGUUGUGUUUCUCAGGAGCCAGAGAAGGUCACCUGCCCAGCCUGCUGGCUAUGAUCCACUAUAAGAACUGUACUCCCAUCCCUGCCCUCCUGGUCUGCUGUGCUGCCACUAUUGUUAUACUCUGCAUCGGAGAAACACACAACCUGAUCAACUACGUCUCCUUCAUCAACUACCUGUCAUACGGCGUCACCAUUGCAGGUCUGCUGUACUACCGCUGGAAGAAACCCAACCUGUACCGACCCAUCAAGGUGAACCUUCUGGUUCCUGUGUGUUAUCUGAUGUUCUGGGCGCUGCUGCUGGGAUUCAGUCUUUACUCAGAGCCUGUGGUUUGUGGUGUUGGCCUAGUAAUCAUGCUUACCGGUGUGCCUGUCUACUUCCUUGGUGUCCAUUGGAAAGAAAAACCAAAGUGCAUUUACAACUUUAUUGAGAGGGCGACAUACGUGGGCCAGAGAUUGUGUUUUGUGGUCUUUCCUCAGAUUGACCCCAUUGAGAUUGCUAAUCCUUCAGAAUGGACUGACCGGUCAUCAGGCAGGAGCAGCUUGUCUGCCAAUUCUUAAAACUCUUCUCUGAAUAUAUGAAGAUCUUUUUUCUCCUGUUUUUAUUCUGUCAUUCUGUAAGUCCAGACAACUGUUCCUGCUAUUGGAGCUUCCUGUCUGACCUUUGACCCUGCAAGACUCUUUUUUUUUUUUUCCUGCAGUAAAGUGGAAAUGCCUGCUGUUCUGUGUGGGCUGCUUUCACUUCUCUACUAAGUCUUCAAGUCCACCAACCUAAUGCCAACAGUGUCAUGUUGUGAAAAAGACCUUUAUUCUCCUUUUGAAUCUACUUGUUCGUUCUUCUGUAACAUGACAGAACAGUGACAAACUGACAACGCAUGGUAAUUCCUUCUGAAUGUUGUUGUUUUAUUGUGCCUGAAAAGCUUUUCACACCAAGUCCAUAACAGAUUUAUCGCCACUCUUCUGAAAACAGCAAGGAAAAUGCACAUUAUAGUACACCUGAUGCAAAUACUGAAGAAACCUCAAAGCACACAUGUUGUCUUGUGCAGAGUCAACCACAAAUUCUACAGUCCUGUUUUUACUUUUUUUCUGCCUGACUGCUUUUAGUAUCAUUUAUCCUUUUUUCCACCUACAGUAUGUGUUUUUGAAGUUUCACCCAGAGCAAAUCCUACUGGAACAAGGGGUAGAGACACGCUUUCAGAUGUGAGGAUCCAUAAAAAUUACAAAUGUGCACCAUCAUCAUUAAGAGUCACAGUGAUAACUUUGGGUUCUGUGAGAAAAUGUAAUUUCAAAUCACACUGGCAGUUAACAAUAUUGAUCAGAGUUUUUAUAUCAAAAAAUUGUUAACACAAAUUGAUGGUUUCAACUGAAAUGGAAGGAAAGGAAAAUGUGUGAAGGAUUAGGAUUUUCUGAAAUUGCGGCAACGAUUGAAUGAAUUUCCAAGUAAUUUGUUGCAGACUUUAAUAUCCACCUCCAGAUAAAUCCCAAUAACUUCAGUAACUUCAGUAACUUUAUAUCUAGCACCACCAUAGUGUCAUUUUUUUUCCCUUUUCCCCAUAUUUUCAUCCUUAAUUUCACCUUUGUGUUUAAUGCUAAUUAGAAAAUGUAAGAUGGCAAAUAUGGUUGAUAAAAGUUAAAAGUUUGGGGUCACUUUGAAAUUUCCUUAUUUUGAAAAAAAAGCUGCUUUUCUAUGAAGACAACAUUAAAUUAAUCACAAAUCCAGUCUAGAAAUUGUUAAUGUGGUAAAUGGCCACUCUAGCUAGAAACAGCUGAUUUUUAAUGGAAUAUCUACAUAGCGGUACAGAGGCCCAUUUCCAGCAACCAUCACUCCUGUGUUCUAAUGCUACAUUUUGUUAGCUAAUGGUGUUGAAAGACUAAUUGAUGAUGAGAAAACCCUUGUGCAAUUGUGUUAGCACAUGAAUGAAAGUGUGAGUUUUCGUGGAAAACAUGAAAUUGCCUGAAUGACCCCAAACUUUUGAGCAGUAGUGUAUGUCUGUUAAACAUGUUAAGACAUUGCCCUUGUCAGUGUGAACAUUGUUUUCAUGCUGAUAUUGGCUUUUUUACAUUUAGUGGCAAUCUUUUGCACACACUAUUUCAACCAGCUCAAGACCUUCGACACAAUGACUACAUGGCAUGAACGAUAAAAAAGAAGGACUAGUAAAUGCAAUGUAUGCCCAUAUCUGUUAGGUUUUCUGACAUUUAUGAGAUCUGUUAGCUGAUGUAAGGUGUCCAUAUUUUUAUUGCUUUGUAGUUGUAAUCAUAAGUUUAAGGUUGACGUAAACAAACAAGAUGGAAAUUCAGAGCAUCUCAAUAUGAGAUGAGCACUGCAAUGAUGUCACCAGCCUAAUGGAUGAGGGCCAUGGCCACAGCCGGUCAACUAGUCAGAAAUGGUUAUAUCAGAAGUCAGGCAGGAGGGACCAAACAAUAUCGACAUGUUUAGAUUACAGCUACAAAGAUAUAUAUAUAUUUUUUUAAAUAUUCUUUGGAGGGGUCGGUGGGGGAAGAAACAUCAGUUUUUCAAACACUAUUUCUUUCAGUUUUUUUUAAACUUAAGGCAUCAUUUGUGAAAAGUUUAAAGCUGUAAUUAAUGACUGUGAAAAGUUGAUAAAUCUCUUACUAAUGCCUUACUGUUAUAAGCCAACUAUUUCUAAAAGUUUUACAUUGCAAAGCUGUUAAAUCCUCUUCAAGCAUGACACUUCUCCAACGCCAGCAGGGAGAAUCUCCAAGUCAUCAUGACUGUAGUUAUGCAUUUUCAAAAGCAGUCAUUUUCAAGCCCGAUUUUCUACAAACUGGCAGUCACAAAAUUUUGUUGUCAGUCAUUGCUUUUAACUGCUUUCCAAAGCAUUAGUAAGUGGUUUAUUAAUUAGCAGUAGAGCCAUAAAUUACAGCUGAUAAACAGUUAAUAUAUACUAGUGUGCAAGACAUUCUAGACAUGAAUGUGUUCAUGUAAAAAUAGCUAUGUAGUGUAAAUUUCAGACUUGGUGUGAAAAGUUCUUGACUGGGAAAAAAUUAUAUUCAAAUUUGGUUUAUUAACUGAUUUAUUAUAUUAGAUUUUAAUAUAUUUUGCAGGUGUGUUUGCUGUGUGUUUUACAUUUGAUCAUUUGCAUGCGCUUUGGUCUUCCUUUCUCUGUUCCCUUGGUAUUCAGAAUAUAAAUAGCUGUACACAAACCACAUGGUGCACGAAUCACCAUCCCAUUCAAGAGACCAAGGUUUAACUUAUUAAUCUAUUCCUAAACAAGUAGUUGUAUUCACUUUAUCUGCUACUCUCAGCCCAACACCAUGGUUUGGUGGCAUGAAAUGAUUUUGUGAUGUAUACUGUGGUUGUAACCACACAUAGAAAUACUUACAAAUCCUUGCAGCCUUCAUAAUUUUGUUUUUACAAAGAGUCUAACAUAAUGUGGCACCUUGUGCUGUGUAUGUUAAAUCAUGCUAAUGCAGUAAGCAAAUGAGACACAAUUGGUUUUUUUCACCAAAAGUACUCAUUUCAGUAGCACUUGUUUCUGUAAGGACUGAAUCUCUGUGAUCCGGUGCUCAAGUUGACCCUAUAAAGUUACAGGGCCAAAUUGUACAAAGUCAACUGUCUGUAACCUUUGCCUGUUUGGUCACUUAUUGUAUGAUUUCAUAUAGUGGAUAUACAGCUCGCUGCACAGUGGAUUUGUGGUUAACACCUUCUCCUUACAGCUAGAAGAUCCGGGGUUCGCGUCCUCACCUUCCUGGGAUCUUUCUGCAUGGAGUUUGCAUGUUCUCCCCAUAAAUGUGUGGGUUUUUCCGGGUACUCCGCCUUCUUCCCACAGUCCAAAACUGGUGACCUAUCCAGGGUGUUCGUUGCCUUUGCCCCAAGUCAGCCACAACUUUAAUGAGGAUUAGGCGGUGUAUAGAUAAUGGAUGGAUAUACAACUUAACAUCAGCCUUUUUAGACCUUUAAUAUCAUUAUUCCAUACCUGCCCAGUUAAAUGACAACUGAACACUCUCUAACUUGCAAAAAUAAAUUUAUUUGCAACAUUUCAGUGCAGGAUCUUCAUCAAGCAAAUGGUUUGGUGCAAAGCGAUCUUAAAUAGGGAAUGCCUGUGGCUUAAUUUUCCACAUAGAAUAGAUAUCAAAGCCAUAUACAAAAUAAGGCUUAUGAAUAUAUCUCAAAAUUGUUUGCAUAGAGUGAGUAAAUUCUUGGAUGCGAAUGCAUAAAACCCUCAAUGGCCAAAACUGCAACGCCUGAUGAAGGUCUAGCACAAAACGUCAGAAAUAAAUGUAUUGUUGCAGAUUAGACAGUGUGUGUGGGAGUCUUUUUGAAACUUUUGGAAAAGCUCUUCUCUCUCCUAUGCACCUGUCUCAUGACAUAAAUGUGCAAAGAGGUGCUGGAGGAUACAUCACUAUGCACAGUACAAUAAUCAGUGGUAGUUUUUUUUUUUUAAAUGGCCCUUGCAUUUUAGUUUAGAAAGAAGCAGUGGGAUGUUGACCAUAUUUGUAAAAACAGCCAAUACAGUUAGCCAGUUAUAAUCCCAAAUUACUUUAUCCGUAUGUCUGUAUAAAAAGUUGAGAUUACACGCUUAAAAUUUAAGACUGUGUUGUUAUACAUACUGUGUCCCAGUUCCAUAGAAUAUGCUACCUGUACAGUACACAAAAUCUACAUCCUGCUUUACACUGACUGGAUAUUAAACAGUAUGUGCACCAUCAGGCUUUAUGUUCAAGAGUAAGCACUUUUGUUUGUUUACAUCUGAGAGUAAUUCUUCUAUUUGCUUUGAAUUUUGCCCUGUGGAACAUAUUAACAUUCAGCCUACAGUAGAAUCAAAUUUCUUUACACAGCAUACUGACAUUUUAAAGUACUUACUAUACACUGCAAACACACUAAAUACACACUACAUACUGCAAACAUGCUUAGAGUUCAUAUGUCAUAUGGAACUGGGACCCAGCCUCAGCUACUUAAGACCCAGUUUAUAAGUGUUUCCUCUUUGUUGCUCUGGCUUUUGCUUGAAUGUGGGAAGAGGUGACUCUGAAACCGCUUUUGUGUUUUGAUAUUUAAUUCAUUAUUCAAGUAUUAAUAAAUUCCCCCAUCCAGACGACCCCUCAUUUACACUCUCUCCAGCAGCUGCCUUUUAAUUAAAGAAGCAUACCAUUAAACGCUUUGCAUUCUAUUUUCAAGCCUUGGGUUUGUACCGAAAGCAGAUAAUUGAGAAAUAGGUCAAUUCAGCUGUCAUAGGUGCGGCCUCAACUGAACACUGUGAUCACUAAGCAGAAUGUAAAUGCUAAUAGAAAAUACACCUCUGGUAAGAUGUUUAGUCAAUCAGGUCAUUGGUUAUCUAGAAGUGGAAGGUCGAAGAAUUCUGAUGUUUGGCGUCAUUCAAAAAUCUCAGAAGUUUUUUUGGUGUGAGGCCAAAUAACUUUUGAGAAUCUAAAACAAAUCAUAACUUCUUUUAACUAGCACUUCUAGACAUGCUAUAAUAAUUUGCAAAAAUGUAUUCUGAUCUCAUCGUUUUACUUAUCAAGUCUCAUUUCUACUCAUAUGAGUGUUUUCCAGUUUUUCUGCUGUGUUUUUUGUAACAAAAUUAUGUAAAUCAGUGUAGAUGGGGUUAAUUCUGUUGUCAGCUAAAAUUAAAAUGUAAAAAAAACACUUAAAAUCCUGUUGUAUCCCCUUUCAAGAGGAUGGGGAAAAUCACAGUACAGGAUCUGUGGCAGCUGGGGUCUUCACCUGUCUCACUUUGUCUUGAGAUACAGGCGCUAUUACCCUGUAAAUUUUUUGUAAAGCCUUCAGUGUUUACAAUGGGAUCAUCACAUGGAAUGUUAACUUGGGUGUGUUUUACAGCACUUUUGUAAAAAUGAGUAAAUAACUCUAGCAGCACAAUAAAUCAAGAAUGGCUUGGAACAGGA